CUCUUUACAAAAUGGCUCCCUUUCAAAACAAAUCCAAUCUUAAUCGCAAAAGCCAUUUUAUAUUAAGUAGCCAAUAACUCAUGAAAAAGACACUAACUCAUUAAGAAGACAUACACUGAGCAGUAAUAGUGAAACUUCGUAAAGAAUUGAACGAAGCAAAUACCACAUAAAAAGAUAUGCGUAGUACAUUAUUAUAUAGAUUUUUAUAUGUGUCAAAAUGGUCAAAUCAAACUUGGAAACCAUUUUUUGGACGAUGUCAAUCUGACGUGCUAGCAUUCGUUUCCACAAGUCGCCUACAUUUAAACUGGUCAUCAAGAUCAUGUUCAGAAGUACGGUGUAGUAGAAGCAAAUAUGGAUUUAAUUUGUCACCUACUAAAAGUAAUCAUCCAGUUCCAGGGGAAGAUACUGAAACACUGUUCCAGCCCAGAAGGGCAGUUAUUCUUACAAAAAUGACAAGAUAUGAGUAUGAGAGAAAAUUGUGCUUUGCCAUGACAGAUUCAGAAUUUAAAGAAUAUGUAAGUUAAAAAUAAAAUAUGUACUUAUUAAGUAUCAUACUUUUUUUAUAAGCAUAUUUUUUUAACUAUGCCAUCCUGCUAUGUAUGCAUUUUAGUAUUAAUAAUAUUAUAAUUAGCAGACUCAGACAGCGGCUGAACUCAUUGGAUAAGUGAGACUAGUGAGAGACAUUUUUGGACAUAAUCACUAUUUGUAGGCCCCUAUUAUUAUUAGUCAUGACAGACUAGAUAAAGGUAAUGUUGUUUUCAAAAAUUUUUUUUUUGUUAUUUAAAAAUAAAUAAAUAUUCAUUGCUGAAGUUCUGUAUUUCCGGUUUUUAGCAGACAGUAAUAAAGAAAAUGGCCAGCUGACAGAAAAAUAAUAGUUUUAUUGUGUUGCCUAAUGCUUUAUUAACUGAUCAGGACAUAAAAAAUGAUCCGAUUUGGACACUGUUUACAUUGGGACAACACUUGACAAAUAGUUUUGCAGCUCAACAAUGGUGCGCACAAAGGCGCCUGCAUAAAAACAAAAUAAAUUGCGGACGUUGUCAACAACUGUGUACACUCAACCACUUUGCACAGGGAAUUGAUGGGCUUAGGUGGGCUUGUGAUGGGUGUGGCUUCAAAAAGUCUGUACGAGAUGGCUUGUUCUUCGCUUGCAGCCAUCUUACACUGAGGCAAGUUAUUAUUAUGACGUAAUGUUGGGCAUGUGACAUGCCACAGAAACAGAUGGCUCGUGAAGCUGGUGUGACUGAGAAGGCAACAUUGGUAGACUGGUGUAACUUUAUGCGUGAGGAUGCGGAGAUCUGGCUUGAUUCAAAUGCAGUUGAAAUUGGGGGAUUUAAUGCUAACGGCAAUUCUAUCGUAGUUGAAAUCGAUGAGACUAAAUACUUUUACCGGAAGUACCAUCGAGGCCAGAUGGACAUUGGGUGUUCAUAGGUAUCGAGCGUGAAAGUGGAUAACGCUUUCUGGUUGAAGUCCCGAACAGAAAUGCAGCCACUUUGCAGGCUUCCAUACAGCAGCAUAUUUUGCCAGGUUCUCAUAUCAUAUCUGACGGUUGGGAAGCUUAUGCGCAAGUCGACAGGAGGUGGAAUAUAUCAACAUUCAGUUGUUGUCCAUCAACACAACUUCGUUGACCCGAACGAUGCAGAAGUCCACACACAGAACAUUGAGAAUAUGUGGAUGCGGGCUAAGCGCAAACUGAAGAGAUGAUUCGGGACUAGUCGUGCUCUUUUUCCGUCCUAUAUGCAUGAGUUUGCUUGUCGUUUUAAAUUUGGUGAUGUAGACUUAUUUUCACAGCUCAUCAUCACUUUGGUGACAAUUAUAGAUAAAUGAACAUGCGUUUUCACUUUUGUGUCACUGAAUAAACAUUAAACUGGUUUUAUAUGGUUUUAAUUAUUUUUUAAUAAUUUUCAAAUUUUUAAAAAUUACAGACGCUAAAAUACAAUAUUACCUAGAUAAGAGUAUGGUUGAACUCAAGAUUUUGCUAAAAUUAAAGCAGACAAUUUGCGCCAUGUUGUCAUUUUUGUGUUUAUUUAACUUAAUAGGUUUAGUUUAGGGUUUAGGUUAAGUUUAGGGUUCAGGUUAGAUUUAGGGAUAAGUUAAGGGUGAACUUUCACGGGUCGUGGCGGCCGGGGCACAGAUUGUCUGAAUUUAACCAAGAUUUCAAUCAAUAUUACUAACUUUGACUUUGGCAGAAAUCUUAAAUAUUGUCAGAUUGCCAUUAAUGAUAAAUUAUUUUUAAGAGCUAUUGCUUUUUGAAAAGACCAAGUCCAUCUUUUUAUCUUUAUUUAUAGAAGAGGAGGUACAAUAUUUUUGGUGAAUUUUUUAAAACCCCUUGCCCUUAUUUACCAACUUUUCACAUUUCUGCCUAAUUUAUCCACAACUUUUUAUUUUAAAAGAUAAUGAUACCAAAUUUUCAGGAGACAUUCUAAAUGCAAUAUUAAAUAGGCUAAUACUAAUAUACAAUGAACAGCAAGUAUUUUUAUUUUGGAACAUUUUUAUUUGAGGGUAAGUUAAAUAAAAAUUAUGAAACGAAAAAUUAGAUAAAUGAUUUUUUAUAAAGGCAAAACCAAGAAAAUAACAUGUUUAUUGUAUUUUAUUUAAGAAUAUGUUUCUGUUAAAUUUUAAAUUAAGGCUAAUAUUUAUAAAAGGUAAUUAGAAGUCUUUUUUAAUAAAAAUGAAUGCAUUAAUAAUUUUUAAAAAACUAAAAUCCCCCAAUACUACAUAUACGUGCAUAUCGGUAACAGUAUGUGAUUUAAAUGUAUUGAGUAUUGAGGAUGUUCCGUCUGUCAAUUUCUGGGUAGACCGCUCCAUAGACUUCUUGGUAUUGUUGAUGCAUCCCACAAUCUUUCCUUCAUAAACUUUGUCUUGGCCUUCCAUGUUCAAACAUGUUUCUCUGGAAGUAGCCUAGACACAACAUCUAAUCCUGAAUCUAUUCAAUUUCUAGUUUCUUUUUAUUAUUAUUAUUAUUAAUAUUAUUCAAGUUUUAUGUUUAUUAAAAUUCAUCUUUUUUUUUUCUUUUUCUUUUUUUAGAAGUAUUAAAUAUUUCUAAUAAAAAUAAAAAUUAUUUAUUGUAAUUUUGAGUAUUAUUUAUUUAUUUGAUAUCUUUUAAUUAAAAAAAAUUAUGGGCUUAUUUAUAUAUAGACUGUUAUGUCAAUAAUUUUAAAAUUACUUUGAUUAUAAUUAUACAAUAUAGCCUAAGGCAUAUAUAAUAGCACUAGACUCUAACUCUUAGAAUACAAGUAAAGACAUAAAGUGAGUAGAUUAAGUAUUUUAGAAUUUUUAGAAUAUUACAUUAACUUAAACAAUUCUUUAAAAUGUAUAAUUAAAUACCUUAUUAAUUAUUAAAUUAAAAUAUACUAACUUAAAUUAGGUCUAUAAGUGCAGUUGUAGUAAUAGAUUAUAAUUUGGCUUAUGCUUUAUAUAGUACCGGCAGAUAAGUAUUUUUUAAAAUUGUAAGUCUAGAACAGUAAGCUUAAAUUAAUUUUUUUUUCUGUAUUCAAAACUUAUGUUAAAUUUAGUUAGAUUUAUUCAGAUAUUUAAAGAUUACAGAAUAUGAAAAUUCUCUUACUGAUUGUUAUAGCGAGCCAUUCCAUUUCCGGUGAAGAUAUUAAAAAAUCUCAAAAUUGGGGGUGGGGUGGGGGGUGUUUGAUGACUUGUUAAAAGGGCUAACAUUCAAAGGGAAAAGCCAUAAGGACUAUUUAAAAGUUAUUCCCAAACCAAAUUUUAAAUGCUGAAAGGCAAAUUUUAAGUGCCAAUAACGCUAAGUUUCUUAAAUAAAGUACAAAAUGGUAAAAAAGACACAGCACAAAAACGGAAGUUCACCUCCUUGGGUAAAUUGUAUGAGCAUCACCGUAAGACAGAUAUUUUACAUAAUCAAAGACAAAGAUAAUUUAUUAUUAGAAAAGGGUGACAUAAAACACAAUUAAACAACUCCUAAAACAAAGUUUUUCGUUUAAAUCCUUUAUAAAAUGUAAUGACGAGAAAUUUGGGGGGGCAAAAAAUUUGAAAAAAAAUUCAUUCAAGAGACACACUUUAUAAGAAACCCCAAUUAGUGCUCUUAUAUACUCAUGUUUUGCACUAGGUCUCUUUGGGUCUUCCAUGUUUUUAUUGUCCAUGGGCUGUCCAUCUUAGAUUCCACCCAUGGAACGCAGCUAGUUGACAUUGUAGUACAAACAUGACUACACUAUCUGCAGUGAAUCCCAGCACAGUUUUAGUAAUGGUUGUUACUCCCAAUUAGCAUCUCAGUGCUUUGUUGGAAAUUGCCUUCAGCCAAUUUAUUAUGGAUCCUUCAUAGGCAUUAGGUCUGGACAAUAUAUAUUAUAUAUUUUGGUGUUUAAAAUUAAAACAGGGUCAGUCUUUAUGUUUAAAUGCAAAUUUAAAUACAUUUUUCAUUUUAAGCUUGAGUCCAAAGACUCCGAUUAUCAAGGACUGCUUGAACGUCACAAGAAUCAUUAUGUAGCUUUGGAUGUAGUUAGGAAAGAACUCCUGUAAGUAGGAGUGUUAUUUUUAUGAUUAUUUAGAUAUAAAAAAAGUUUAAUAUGAUUUAUUUGAUUAAUUUAAAAAAAAUUAAUGUUAGUCUUGAUGAAGUUUUUCAUUAAUUUGAUUGAUCUACAGUUGUAAUUUUAUGUUCUUAACAAAAUAUUGUUGACAUGCUUUACUUUUCAUUCUAUGUUAUUUAUAUUAUUUUGUUUUUUAAGUAAACUGUUUUAGUGUUGUACAAUUUAUUUAUAAAUUACAGAAAAGCUAACAUAGAAACAAGAGUUGUCCAUAGAUUUGAACUGGUUCAAAGUGUUGUUGACUGGGCUGAUGUAGUGUUUACAGCUGGUGGAGAUGGCACAUAUCUUUUGGCUGCUAACAAAUUUAUCAACACAAGUAAACCUUUAAUUGGCAUUAACACAGAUCCUGACAGGUAAUCAUUAUUAUUUUCUUUUUCCUAUAAAGUUAUAAUCUUUUUAUUUAUACUUCUUUAACCCACUCCUACAUGACCCUCAAUUUAUGGUCCUUCCGAAUUCUUACGUGCUGCAGUAAAGUAUUUGUGUUAUGUUUAAGACUGUGGAUGCGUUUGUCAGGAGAAAAACAAUCCACACCACUUGGAAAUAAAAUUUGACAACUGUUUUCAGAAAUAUAUUUUAUGGAUCUGUAGUCACAUAUUUCAACAAAGAAAUCUAACUAAACCCUCGUGAGGCGACUGGGGCAAACUAUUUGCCCAAGAGCCAGUGGGGAAAAAGACAAAGGGCCAAUCCAUCCCAAAAUAAUACAAGCUGCAAUAUUGACUAGCUGGUCUUUCUACCAGCUAAUUAGAUUGCUUCUUGCAUUCAUUGAAGCUUCCAUUGAUAGAUUAUGAUGUUCUGUCAUUUUAUAUUAAUUUUUUUGGUGCCAAAUUACACUUAUAAAUAUAGAUCCUAGACAUAUGCCGCACAGCGUUUGACCAGACUGUUUCAAUAAAAAUCAUUUCUUUUUCUUAAAAUUACUUUUCAGAUAUAAAUUUGUAUUUCUUGUAGACAUUUUUUGGAGUUAAAACCAAAGGUAUAUUAAUGCCACAUUAAGCCUAUCAACAUAUUGAUUAUUACAUGAUUACUGUAUAUUAGGAGACCUAAUGUUGAAUGGUUAACACAGUGCCAACAAACACCAGAACUGGAAUUGAAAUGAAGAUGUUGGCAUUGUCAUAACAAGGUCAAUAAACAGCAGUGCUUGAAUCGUUAUCAUGCUCAAGUAGCAUAGUGGAACAUGCGCCAGCACUGUCAAAAUGUAAUCUCUACUUAUUUCCUCUUUGAACAGAUCAGAGGGUCAUCUUUGUCUUCCAAAAAGAGACUAUGCAGCCAUAAAGUUUGGUGAUGCACUCAAAAGACUGUUAGCUGGAGAUUUUGGGUAUAGUUAUUAAAGACUCAUUAUAAAGAAAAACCUUGACAAUUAUGUUUAGUGCAGUUAAAGUUAAAGACUUACAAUCAUUUAAAUUACAUAUUGCUUAUCUCUGAAAAUUACAUGUAUGAUGUCAUUGGCAAAUUGAAAUGUAUUUUUUUUUAAAACUUAAAUUCUAUUUUUAGAAAGGAGCAAUGUUUGAAAAUCAAUCUCAUAAUAAAUAUUGUAUUUUACAAUACAGCUGGAAAUGGAGACAGCGUAUCCAGGUGACAAUGUCAGGCAGACACAUCAAUGAUGACCCCAUUGAGCUGCAUGAUCAACAGUUGAUAUUUCCGGAGCAUAGGUUUACAGAGCACAUAGCUGAGGAUGAGCAAGUGAGAGUUCUUAAGCAAGGAAAUGAUGAGAAACUGCUGUAUCCAAAGAGAACCCUCCCAUGUCUGGCUCUAAAUGAAUGUUUCAUUGGAGAAUCCCUUUCAUCAAGGUAAAUGUCUUUAUUAAUGUUUUAUUGGAGAAUUCCUUUCAUCAAGGUGUCUGAAUGAAUGUUUCAUCAUUGGAGAAUUCCUUUCAUCAAGGUAAAUGUCUUAAUGAUUUUUUUUUAUUGGAGAAUCCCUCUCAUCAAGAUAUUUGCUCUCAUCAAGGUGUCUGAAUGAAGAUUAAUUUAUUUUUUUUUGGCCAAAGCAACUCCAUAGUAUAAAUGUGCCCAUUAAAAAGGUAGCUUGUGGUCAUAAAACAAGCUACUUGCAACUAUAACUUAUAUUUUGAUCUUUUUGUUCAUUUCUUUGUGUCUCCAGAGUUUCAUACUAUGAAUUCUCAACAGACACUUUAGCAAAGGAAAAACAGAAGAGUUCUGGCGUGACUGUCUGUACAGGAACAGGUUCAAGCUCCUGGCAUUUUCACAUUAAUCACUUAUCCAUUUUCUCAGUCAAGAAAGUUCUUUCAAUUGGUAAGGAAUCCAGCUUAACAUUGCAAAAUGAUUUUAAAAAUAUAAUAGUAAGCAAUAGUUUUUUAAUGAUCCAGCAUGAUAAUAUUGAUUAUUAGAUGUUACAAAAAUAUUUUUACAUUUUAAAUGGUUUGUUAGUUUAAUGGGAAUAACUUUUUUAAAAAUAAUUCUUUUAAUAAAUGUAUUUACCUUUUUGCUUUUUAAAGUUUCUCUCAAAAGAUUAAGAUGGGGUCACCAGGGGCCACGUCGAGCCUGGUGCCUCUUUUUAUAUGUCAUGCUAACAAGAAUGAAGUUUAUGUUUGACAAUCCCUUUUAUAUGUAAAACUGGGCUCUAAGUGGGCAAUGCAAUGUAGCUUUCCUACAGCUUGCUAACAGCAGAGCUUCCAUUUUUAUACUUGUAUCACAUCCUCUUUACCAUCCCCUCUCUUACAUUCGUUUGAACACCAACCCAAAUUUUUGGAACAAAUAUUUAUGUUCAGAUGCAUUUGCAUCUUGUCAGUGACCAAGCUUUAAUAAUACAGACUAUAAUAACACAUUGUGAUGUUUGGUUUGUAAAUAACCAAAUGUGGACCAACUACCCCAUGCCAUACUUUGUAUAUUUUUUAUAUUAUCUCAAGGCCAUUUUAAUUACCUAUCCCUAGCAGUUAUCUAGUUAUCUCCCUCGGCAUGUAAAAAAGUAGACAUGACAUAUCACCUUACACCCAUGUGACAAAAGUAGACAUGAGAUAUUGCAUAUGUGACAUAAGUUGACAUGACAUAUCACCUUACAACCAUGUGACAUAAGUAGACAUGACAUAUCACCUUACAACCAUGUGACAUAAGUAGACAUGACAUUGCCUUACAACCAUGUGAGAUAAGUUGACAUGACAUAUCACCUUACAACCAGGUGACAUAAGUAGACAUGACAUAUCACCUUACAACCCUGUGACAUAAGUAGACAUAACAUAUCACCUUACAACAUGUCACAAAAGUAGACAUGACAUAUCCCCUUACACCCAUGUGACAUAAGGAGACAUGAAAAAUUGCCUUACAACCAUGUGACAUAAGUAGACAUAACAUAUCACCUUACAACCAUAUGACAUAAGUAGACAUGACAUAUUGCCUUACAACCACUGACAUAAGUAGACAUGACAUAUCCCCUUACAACCAUAUGACAUAAGUAGACAUGACAUUGCCUUACAACCAUGUGAGAUAAGUUGACAUGACAUAUCACCUUACAACCAGGUGACAUAAGUAGACAUGACAUAUCACCUUACAACCAUGUGACAUAAGUAGACGUGACAUUGCCUUAAACCCAUGUGACAUAAGUAAACAUUCUUUUCUAAGUAUAAGUAGUCUGUCUUAUUGCUUGACAGUAUUACAAAGGACAAAAAUGAACGAUUUGCUUCAUCGUAGUAAACGGCAAAGUACAUUUAGGAGCAUGUUCCCCACAUCCUGUUAAUCCCUCAUUAUGGACACCCAUAAAUAUUUAGGUCACACACUCCACCCUAACCCCACCCCUCAACUUAGGAUGUAAGAAUGCCUCCUGGCUCUUUAAAAAGAGUUUGCUCACUGAUUUUAAAAGAAUUUAUGAGCUAAUAAUUGCUAUUGCUCACGUUUAUGCAUAAACUAUUUUUUUUUAAAUCUUAAAUUUAAAAAAAAUCUAAUUCAUUUCAUCCAAUUAAAGUCGAAGUUAAAUAAAAUUGUGCAUAUAAUUUCCCAGCUAAUGAAGUUUCUGGCUGCAACUAUCCCUCGCAAAACCAAGAAAUGGCUGAGACGAUAAUGAAUAAGUUUAACAGCAGUUUACGCUUUGAUCCAAGUGAACCUCUUAUGGCAUACACUAUCCGUGAUCCAAUCAGAAAUGGUAGGUUGUUCAAUUUAGAAAGCUAUAUGUGUAUUAAAUAGUUGUAUGCUUGUUCAAUGAAUGGUAUAAAGUCUAUAAGUUAACAUAUUCUUUAAGAAAACAUUGUAUCAAAAUUUAGAAAAUUUAAUUGUGGGACACAACCUUGUUUCAACUUAUAUUAAAUUAUCUUCCAGUUACUUCCCUUAAAAUUAUUUUUUUUAUUUUAAAAAAUAAUUUUCACCAGUAUGUGGUUAAUUUCAUCAUCCAUUGGCAAAUUUAUUGUUUGUUAACCUGGCAAAAAAGUUAGCUGACUUUGAAGACCUUUCCUGGUGCCGCACCCAUUAGGAAAGGCGUCUUUUGUGGACAUAAGUUAAAAGAAAAAAUUGAUUUGAAGGCGUUACAGUGAUUAUAUUUUAUUUUUAAAAUUUUAAAAAUUAUAUAUUGAAAAAAGGAAAACUCAUUUUCCUAGGCUAGAAGUUGAAAUGGUUUUAUAUUUAAUAAAUUCGCAAAUUAGCUAACAACAAAUUGAAACAAAUUGUCAUUACUUUUUACUGUAUUACUAUUUAACAUUUUCAAGUUCACUGAUGCUUUGGCGUCUUAUAGUUUUCUUUAUUUUUUUUCUUAAAGCUGUUUUCAAUGUAGAAUGCACAAGUGGCUUUGCCAAAAAGUGAGUUAUGUUAAUUUUUGUGCUGUUUACUAUUAAUUAAAAACCAUUGUAAUUAUAAAUUGUUUAUGCUAAAAUUAUUCAAAAUCCAUCUUAAAUGUAUUUUGAAUUAUUAAAAUGGUUUUUCUCCAAUCCUAGGAAAUAUUUGUACAACUAUUUUUUUUUUUUAUAUUUUACCCAGAAUAACAAUUCGAUCAAGAAUGUGGGAUGCAUGCUUGGUCAUAGAUGGGGGAAUGUCUUUCAAGUUCAAUGAUGGCGCGGUUGCUACUUUUGAGAUUGCUGAUAACAAUGCUCUCAGGACAGUGACUUUAGACUGAUCUGUUUUUGUAAAAAAGAUGUGUCCAAGCUUUACUUUUUAUUCUCCUGUCACAUUUCUGUUAGAAUAAAAUUUUUAAAAAUUGAAUCCGUCAGUGAGGUGUAGCAGAAUUACAUUUACCUGAUUUAGCCUUGACCGAAUCCAUUCCCCAACAAUACCCUGAAAGCUUUACUUUCUUAAAAUAUAAAAUUCGCAGUUUUAAAAUGAUAUUCUGGUAUCAACUUUUGACUUCUGAUGAGAGCACUUUGAAAGUGACAAAACUGUUGUUUUUUUUCCAGUGCAUAAUGUAAAAGAUUUUUAUAUGUGUCAGCUUUGUAUUUAAACCUUUUGAGUUUUCAAAUGGCUACUGGUGUGAACAAAGUCAGUUGGUAGAUCUCACAAAGAGAGUUAGUGAGCUUAUUUAGUGUCAAAUGUGUUUAUAAAUAUGCUUGGCUUGAAUCUUAGACAAGUUGAACAUCAGAAAUAUGUUCUGGCUUCAUUACAUCAUCAUUCAUUUUGAUUCAAGCUUGAAUGACCUUUUCAGGGUUGAUGAACAAAAAUUAUAUCCUUAAAAUGAAUCACACUUCAGAAAAAGUCUUGAAUAAUUCCAGGGGCAACAUUCCUGGUAUUAACUUCUAUAAUACUUAAAUAUCUUCAUAUCAAAUUGCAAGUCUGUGUUAAUUCUUACAAAGAUUUAAUUAAGUCUGAUUUUAUAUAAUACAUUUUCACAUAUUGAAUAGUGAUAAUGGCCACUUUACUUUUUAAAUCAUAAUAGAAGUACUGAUGUUUCAGAAUUCUGAUUUAACAGCAUUAAAGGAGAAAAAAAAUUAUUAGCUCAGACUUUAAUAGAUCUGCAUUUUCUCUUAUCCGUUUUUUUUUGUUGUAAUUUGUACAUAGACAUAAUAGUAAUGAUAAAGGAUAGCACAUUUGUGGUAUUCAUCUGUUUUGAUCUAAUUCAUAUCUUUACUCUUCAGAGACGUGUUCAUGAUUUACACAUAAUGUUGAGAAGCUUGUAAUUGCAAUUUUGACAUUGGUAUAUCUCAUAAAAAUGUUGAUUUUUUUAUACAAUGAGCAAAUGUAAAUAAUUUUUUUUUAUUUUCUUGCGUAAAGUAAGUUAAAAAAAAUAUUUAUUCUGAAAGUUCUGAAAGAAAUAUACAUGGGUUCUUUUGAGUUGAAUAAUGCAAUUUUCAUGACAAAAUUUAAAUAAUGAUAUUGUGCUGUUUCACCUGCAGCACUGAGAUAUGUUAUAUGAAUCAUAAAAAAAAAAAAAAACUGUAACAGUAAAGCUUAAAUACAUUAAACAAUAAAAUAAUGGGACCCUACUAAAAAUCUUAAAGUUUUGAAAGAAAUAUACAUUGGUUCUUUUGAGUUGAAUAAUGCAAUUUUCAUGACAAAAUUUAAAUAAUGAUAUUUUGCUGUUUCACCUGCAGCACUGAGAUAUGUUAUAUGAAUCAUAAAAAAAAAAAAAAAACUGUAACAGUAAAGCUUAAAUACAUUAAACAAUAAAAUAAUGGGACCCUACUAAAACUACUUAAGUCUAUUGAUAAUCUAAAAACCCAGUUUCAUUGUGUCCUGCUAUAUGAACUGAACAUGGUUGUGACACUGACAGUCAUGUGAGAACCAAAUAUGUCUUAUAACUUUCUGCCAUCUGUGGAUAUUCCAGGGGUGAAAUUAGGAAGCUAGUCAACCUGGCUCUUUUGUAAAAUUCUUUAUAUUAACUUUG